AUGGAUUACUUAGAAUCCUUCAUGGGGCAAGUCAGAGAUUAUUUUGUAAGUCUGUUUGUGGGCGAUAGUGUUACCAAACAAAACACAUACAGCCGGAUGUCAACAGUCCCCCUCGGACAAUCCUCACAAAACAUCUCAAACAUUCCAACUCAAGACACUGAAGUCCUCUUUGGUAUCACUUUUAAAACAAGAGCAAACGCAAUCACUAAAAGAGCACAACCAACUUCAUUUAAUGACCAAAACAAACCUCAAAUCAACUUAAAUGCUCCACAAAAGUCAUUUGAGGCACCCCAGAAAGUCGUUUCAUUGAAGAGAAAGGCGACUGAAAAUGAAGAGGGCGCCACACAGACGAUUGGGACGGCCAAAAAUCCUAUUGAAGUUGACAAUAGGAUUGUCGACGACGCACCGAUGAAAGAAGCCGAUGCCACGGAACCACAAGCAAACACUGAAGAGAACAAAAGUAAAGUGAACGCCACAAAUAUGUCCGAGUUCGAUAAGUACCUGGGAAAUUUUAGUAGAUCAAUAUUAACCGACGAGGUCAUUCAGAAAGAACUCGCUGAACGGAGCAAAACACAAAUACAACGCCUUCAUGAGAAGAUCGAGGCAAUGGCUAAGAACCCCGUCACAGAGAAGAUCAAAGUCUUACGAAAGAGUCAAAUCAAAAGGUCCGAACAGGCAAGGAGAGAGAAGUUCUUUGAAGAAAACAAAAUCAUUUCAAUUGAUGUCAAAGACUUCACCGAAGAGAAAGCUCAAGAGAAAAUGAAACCAGUGGAAAAGCCUCAAAGUGAAGUUAAAGAAGUGCAAGAGACUCCAUUGAAUACUAUUAAUAGUAUAAAUACUAUUAAUAUAGUUAAUACAGAAAAGCCUUCGUUUAGUCUCAGCACUGAGCCUUAUGUUGUUGGAGCAAUUGGUGUUGAGAAGAAGGAAGAGAAGAAAGAAGUUGCACCCCCAUCAUUCAAUUUCUCUGGUGGGUUUCAAACGGAAGAAAAGAAAGAGGAAGUACCACCAGCGAGCAAUCUGAGUGAUAUGUUUAAAACAUUUAAUAAGAAGGAAGAAGAAAAGAAGGACAUUCCACAAGCAUUCAAUUUCUCUAAUGUGUUCCAAACAGGAGAGAAGAAAGAGGAAACACAACCGGCGAGUAAUCUGAAUGAUAUGUUUAAUGGAUUUAAUAAGAAGGAAGAGAAGAAAGAAGACGCGCCACAAGCAUUCAAUUUCUCUGGUGCAUUCCAAACGGAAGAAAAGAAAGAAGAUCCAAAACAAAUUGAACAAAACAUCACAAAUUCCUUUUUUGUCCCACAGAACGUGAUGGGAGAGAUGAAAUCAAUUUUCAUGGGAGCAUUGCCGAAUAAUGAACAACAAAAUACACAAAAUAAUCAAACACAACAAACGACUACAAUGCUAAAGGAUACAACUCAACAAACUAAGGAAACUCCUAUUACUCUCGAUUUCGGUGGGAUGAAAGUAACCCCACCGGCUGGGUUCAAAAUUUCUACUACGGCAAAUGCUCCUCAAAUUACAGUACCCCCACCAACGCCAGUCAAUACACAACAAAUAAAUCCACCCCAAAAUGAAACACAAGUCCCGACAUUCACAAAUAACUUUUUCUCAACACCUCAACCAGAAGCAACACAACAACAACAACAAACUUUACCGACGUUUAAUAUUCAACAAAAUCAACCAGAAAAGAACACUAAAAAAGUGGAUGAGGCGAAAACAACUAAUUGGUUUGAGGCUGGUGUCGAUUUCAACUCUAUCGACUGGUCAAAAUGCGGACCAAAGAUUGAAAUAGAUCCUGCUCAGGCCGGCUUGUCAUUUUUUGAUAAAAACUGA